GGGGAAUUCGCGGCCCUGUUGGGACACUAGUCUCGGGGCCCUGACCCCUGUUCCCAGGCCUCGGGAAGACGGCGGGCCACGGGAAACCUCGGCGGGGGGAGGGAGGAAGGACGGAACCAGGGACCCGGGACUCACUGCGUCUUGCACGGAGUGGACAGUGCCAUUGAAAAGUUUAUUGCAGGGAGGUGACAAGAUCACAUUUUGAGAAGAAGUUGGAAAGAAGCCCAAGUGAUUAACUGAAGCCCUGGAUGAGGACAGGAUCCCUGAGGAGAAACUGUAAGGUACAAUGAGUACAUUCUGAGUCUCAGGACGGUGGGAAUUAGCCAACGGACUGCAGACAUGCUGUGGAAGCUGCUGCUAAGAUCCCAGCCCUGCAGGCUGUGUUCUUUCAGAAAGAUGCCAUUGGCUUCAAAAUCCAGACCCCCUUUAGCAUGCUUCGUCUAUACAACUGAUCAUCAAUCAAACCAAGAAAAUAAAAGAACAGUGGAAAAGCUCUAUAAAUUUUCAGUGGACGUCAGGAAAAUUCGCAGAUCAAAAGGAUGGGUACUUUUUGAGAAGGAAACCUAUGUUGAAGAAACUGCAGACGUUUUACAACAACUAGGUGCCAAUGAAGCUGCUAUAGCCGGUAUUUUGGAGCGCUGCCCAGAAGCAAUUGUCUGCAGUCCAGCCGCUUUUAACACCCAGAGAGCACUCUGGCAGUUGGUUUGCAAAAACGAGCAAGAGUUAGUCAAGUUAAUAGAACAGUUUCCAGAAUCUUUCUUUACCGUUAAAGACCAGGAAACCCAGAGGCUGAACAUUCAGUUCUUUCAAGAGUUGGGACUCAAAAAUGUGGUCAUUAGCAGAUUUUUGACAACUGCAUCUAAUGUUUUUCAUAAUCCUAUUGAGAAAAAUAAGCAAAUGAUAAGUAUUCUCCAGGAGAGUUAUCUAAAUUUAGGUGGCUCUGAGGCCAACAUGAAAGUUUGGUUACUCAAAUUGUUAAGCCAGAAUCCAUUUAUUUUGCUAAAUUCUUCUGCAGCUAUCAAGGAAACAUUAGAAUUUCUCCAGGAGCAAGGUUUUGCCAACUCUGAAGUUCUCCAGCUUCUAUCCAAACUCAAAGGAUUUCUUUUUCAACUUUGCCCAGGAAGUAUACAGAACAGCAUGUCCUUCUCUAAAAAUACUUUUAAAUGCACAGAUCAUGACCUGAAGCAAUUAGUUUUGAAAUGUCCUGCCAUUUUAUAUUAUUCCGUUCCAGUUUUGGAAGAGAGAAUUCAGGGAUUACUGGAAGAAGGCAUUUCCAUAGGUCAGAUAAAAGAGACACCAAUGGUACUUGAAUUAACUCCACAGAUAGUACAGUACAGGAUAAGGAAACUGAAUUCUCUAGGCUAUAGGAUAAAGGAUGGACAUCUAGGAAAUCUAAAUGGAACAAAAAAAGAGUUUGAGGCUAACUUUGGCAAGAUUCAGGCCAAGAAAGGAAGGCCAUUAUUUAACCCUGUGGCACCAUUAAAUGUUGAAGAGUAACUUGCCGACUGCUGUUGCUUUCCAGCAUUGCAGAGCGAAGGCAAAGUAGCAAAGACUUAAGUGAUUCAGGCAGUUUAUAGGCACUAGUAAUUUGAAGAAACCACUUAGCUUCUGAGUUGUGUCUAAGUUACCUUUAAGUAUAUC